GUUCAAGAAUCAAAUAAAAAACGAUAGGCAUAAACCUCAGUAGCAAUUCUCUCUCCUAAAAUCUUCCACCAUGAGAAGAGCUUCAUUCAAGCUCCUUUCUCAUAUCCGGAAACCGCAUCCCAGAAUCCCAAUUUCUCUAUCUACCAGAGAAUUCUCCGCCCCCUCUCUCAGUUCCCCGCCAAAACCCCUUCUUGAAUCCUCCCCCGCCUCUCAGUCUUCACGCUUCUCCACCUCCAAUUCCAAUCGGUUUCCACCUCAUAAUCUCAGCGCGCAUGACCUCCUGAACCCCUUUUCCCAGGAUUCACCGCAGAUGUCGUCACGGCAGAGGAGAAUCAAGGAGAAAUCAGAGCUCGAGGAGGCGUUCGAGGCUGCCGAAUCGCUCGACGAAAUGCUCGCAGCGUUUAAGGAGAUGGAGGCCUCCUUUGACGAGAAGGAUUUAGCCUUGGCCUGCUUGAAAAUCGGCCUCAAACUCGACCGCGACGGCGAUGAUCCCGAAAAGACUCUGUCUUUCGCUCAAAGGGCUCUGAGAAUCUUCGAUGAGAAUGAGGCCGAUUCCAGGAAGAAAAUGUCGUUGCCAAUUGCGAUGACUUUGCAUCUGUUGGGCUCUUCUAGUUUUGGUUUGAAAAGGUUCAGUGAGAGUUUGGGGUAUUUGAGUAGGGCUAAUAGGGUUUUGAGUAAGCUUGAAGGGGAGAGCUCUUACAGUGCUGAUCAGGUUUUGCCGAUUCUGCACGCGGUCCGGUUUGAAUUGUUUAAUGUUAAGACGGCGAUGGGGAGGAGGGAAGAGGCCAUUCUUGAUCUGAGGAAGGCUUUGGAGAUUAAGGAGAUGAUUUUUGAUGAAGAUAGUAAGGAGCUUGGUAAUGCUAAUAGGGAUGUUGCAGAGGCCUAUGUUGCGGUUCUGAAUUUCAAAGAGGCGUUGCCGUUUUGUGAGAAGGCUGUGGAGAUUCACAAGGCGCAUUUUGGUAAUAACUCGGUGGAGGUGGCUUACGAUAGGAGGGUUCUUGGAGUGAUCUACACUGGGUUAGAAGAGCAUGAUAGAGCUUUGGAACAGAAUCAGCUCUCGCGGAAGGUGUUGAAGAAAUGGGGCCGUAGUGCUGAUUUGCUUCGCGCAGAGAUUGAUGCUGCUAAUAUGCAGAUUGCUUUAGGGAGAUAUGAGGAAGCUAUUAAUACUUUGAAGGGCGUUGUGCAACAGACUGAGCAAGAGAGUGAGGAACGCGCAAUGGUGUUUACUUCCAUGGCCAAAGCUCUGUGUAAUCAGGAGAAGUUUCUGGAUGCAAAGAAAUGUCUGGAGAUUGCUUGUGGAAUUCUUGAGAAGAAAGAGAGAAGCUCACCUCUUGCAGUUGUGGAAGCGUAUAUGGAGAUCACAACACAAUACGAGACAAUGAAUGAAUUUGAAACUGCAAUAUCAUUGUUGACGAAGGCGUUGGCAAUGUUAGAGAAGCUUCCUCAGGAGCAGCACUCCGUGGGAAGUGUUUCUGCGAGGAUUGGUUGGCUUCUCCUGUUAACAGGGAAGGUGGAAGAAGCAAUCCCAUAUCUGGAAGAUGCUGCAGAAAGGUUGAAAGAGAGUUUUGGCUCGAAGCACUUUAGCGUGGGUUAUGUUUAUAACAACUUGGGGGCAGCUUACAUGGAGUUAGAUAGGCCGCAGUCAGCUGCCCAGACUUUCGCAUAUGCAAAAGAGAUCAUGGAUGUCUCCCUUGGGCCACAUCAUGCUGAUUCAAUAGAAGCAUGUCAGAAUCUUUCAAAAGCAUAUGCGGCUAUGGGAAGUUACCCGCUAGCCAUGAACUUUCAGGAGAAAGUAGUUGAAGGUUGGGAGGGACACGGGCCAAGUGCAGAAGACGAACUGAAAGAAGCUAUUGAAGUACUGGAGCAAUUAAAGCUGAAAGCUAGUACUCUAGUCUCUGAAACGCUUAUGAGUGCAUUGCCUCAUCCAGAUGAGAAUGGAGACGGCUCUCUGGAGAAUUCACGUUCUGCUAUUUCGGCUAUAAAGAGGUAACACCAUGGAGCAAAUAUUUUGUUGCACAAUGAAGGUGUUGGAGCAGCUGCGAUGUUCACCUCUUUCAUCUCAACACGAACAUGCUAUCUCUGUUCAUUUUACUGUUUAUUGUUGAUCAGUGUUUGUAGAGCUGAGCAGGAAUAUUCCAUUACGGUUUCUUUGUGAUGUAAGAUUUUAUGAAUACACAAUCAAUCCAAUAUGCUUCUAUUUACAGUCA